AUGCCAACGACCCCAGUCAGACCCAACCCCCACUCGGCUACUCUAACACCUGGCAAAUACGUCCUGGAUCCUCAACAUGACACCAUGGCAACUAGUGGAACCACCAGCACAAACAACUCCAGUGACUUGUACGAAUCAUCUGGUGUGGAAUUCGAGCGGGGUGAAGAGGGUGGAUAUGGAGGUAGAUUGGAAGGUGAUUGGAGCAGUGAUGACGAGACUCCACAUGUCGAAUUUCCCUCGCCCCGACGAAUUCUCCGCAGGUACCCAAGAACGCCAAGCAACCCCUACCUCCCAUCCAACAAGAUUCCGCCCUAUAUCCCCAUCAAGCACCGUUCCCCCACCUCUUCCAUCGACCAAUCCUCCGAUGACAACUUUUCCGAGGUCGAGGAUCUGCGCAAAUCUCAAGAUACGUUGAACGACUUGCGGCAUGGACCAGAGUUCAAGGUUUUCGAGUCGUCUGAUGAGGAGAAUGGGUCGGAUUCGGGUGUACGACGGUCCGGUGGAACUCGCAGGCAUGUGAAGAGCAAGAGGAGGUAUAAUGCAAGGAGGAGUAUGGAGAAGGCGAAUCGAGGACAGGUGGUCGGGUGUGAGGAGACCGGGCUGGAAGAUACGCUCGCGACCAGGCAUCAGGUGAUGCCUGCGCUCUUGACUCCUGGCAAGUCUGCCCGAUAUCUACACGCCAAGGACGCCCUUCAGAUUAGCGAAACUCGCAAACCGAUUCUGCGCUCCGCUGGAAGCAAACGAACCCUUCGCAUGGCUGAAGACGACAGCCCUUCAACCCCCGACAAUCUCUCUCCCACUCGACCCAGCGACUAUGGUUCACAGAGGCACCCGGAUCCCUCCGCCGCACUAUCUCUCCACGUCGACAAUCCCAGCGAUUCCUCUCCCCGCAAGCGAAUCAAGGCCAAGCCUUCUGCCUCGAGCCUUGCUCAUAUGACUAGCCCUUGGCGACCUGGGCAUAGGGCUUCUGCGUCCGGACUUCGAGUGCCACCUAUUUGA